CUUUUUUUGGUGUUUGAAGCAGGCACGUUUGUUUGGACAUGUGUGUGUCGGUGCUGUACCACACAUUAACGGCCUGCCUGCUCACUCUGGGUGUACACCUGUGCACACACUACCACUCCGCAUACUGCUAAGAUGGCGACAGAGAAGAAAGACAACGCUGAUUCGGAUUUGUAUGGAGACCUAUAUGAUGACGGGUUCACCAUCCCGUUGGACGACGACGACGAAGCAUCGAAUGAACCUUUCGAACUCAUGCUACCGGAAGAUGACCAGACGCUUUCCGAGUCUUCGACAAAGCCACAGUCAACAGACAGCACAUCCCUUCCCGCGAAGCCUUCAUCCACGUCAGAUUCAGCCAGUCUGUCGUACUCAGCGCAGGUCGCGAAGCAAUUCUCCGCGUACCACCAGACGCCGAGUCAGGAGCGACAACAACGACCUGCUCUUCCUGUGCCUGUGCCUGUAUCUGCACCCGGACCAUCUGCUAUUGCUACGCAUGAAACUGACCGUUCUCGAACUGACCGGCCAAUACGGCCGUCGGAGAUGAAGGACGAAGGCAAAAUGUUCAUCGGAGGACUUAGCUGGGACACUACAGAUGAAGGUCUGAAAAAGUAUUUUUCACAGUUUGGCAAGGUGGAUGCUUGCACAAUUAUGCGUGACCCUGAUGGAAGGUCACGGGGAUUUGCAUUCCUAACGUUUGAGGAGCCUGAAUCUGUAAAUGCCGUCCUUGCGCGGGAGCACACAUUGGACGGAAAGACAAUCGACCCUAAGCGGGCGAUACCACGGGAAGAGCAUUUGAGAAAUACGCGGUAUUUUGUGGGCGGUCUCUCGCACGCUACGACCGCAGAUUCUAUGCGUGACUUUUUCUCUGCUUACGGAAAAGUCGUCGAUGCCACUGUUAUGGUCGACCGCGAGACCGGUCGAUCCAAAGGCUUUGGAUUCGUGACGUUUGAAGAUUCGAGUAAUCAAGAGCGAUUUGUUGGUAAACUAGGACUUGUCCUGGAUGAUAAAGAGAUUGAAGUGAAGAUGGCUCAACCCCGGAGCCAGCGCGAUCAAGCGCGAAACGCGACAAGCCGCGAUGGUUACGGUGACCAAGAAGCGCGUAAUUCAGCUGUGACACCCAUGACGUUCAACCCGCAGCAGGCUGCGAACCCAGCGGCGUCGAUGAUGUAUCAACGCAUGAUGAGCCAGAUACCCAUGGCCAAUGGCGGGGCUGGAUCCGUGGGGAUGAUGAACCCGAUGAUGAUGGGUAUGGGUAUGGGAGGCAUGAACAUGGGUGCAACGGGUAUGGGGAUGGGGAUGAACAGCUUUGGUGCCAUGGGUUUGGGCGGAUUGGGGAUGAUGGGAGGUGGGGUGAACCCGAUGAUGGCGAUGAAUCCCAUGGGCAUGCGUAUGGGAAUGAGCGCGCCGAUGGCUAUGGGUAUGAUGCAGCCUGGUGCAGCUGGGGGAAUGGGCAUGGGCAAUGUCGGUAUGAGAAUGAGGCAGGGCAUGAGUAUGGGUAUGGGGGACAUGAUGGGUAUGAACGGAAGUGCAGGAGCGAUGUCGAUGAGUUCUGGGCCAGGUCCCUCCAGAAUGCCGAAUCGCGUGCGGCACACUUUUCACCCAUAUGCUCGGUAGGGCGGCGAAAUGAAGCGCCUUUUAUGGGCUGCUCGCUUCGUUAUUCUGUACUAUAUCCUGGCUUAGUUCUGUGAUAUCUGGCUGCUGUAUAUCAUGGCUAAUUAUUUGUUCCACUGGAGAAAUUACUUGGGAAUAGACUGUUGGGAUUCA